CUUUUCUUCCUUCAAACUUCUCUUCCUUCGUUACUAUGGCCACCUCUUUUGCAACUCUUCAUGUGCUUUUCUUAGUAUGGUUCCUUCCCGCUACCUUCAGUUUAGGCUUCUUCUUCUUCUUCAAAGCAGAGUCAAUCUCUAAUGUCUCUUGCAAUGAAAAAGACAAGCAAGCCCUUCUAGCUCUCAAACGUGGUCUCACUGAUCAUGGGCACAUCCUCUCAUCCUGGUCUGACCAUAAAGAUUGUUGUAUAUGGGACGGAGUUUUCUGCAACAAUAAAAUUGGCCGAGUCUCUGAGCUCCACCUCAAUUAUUCGAGGCUAGGCGGUGAGAUUAGUGGUUCGUUGCUCCAAUUAGAACAUUUGAAUUACUUGGAUUUGAGUAACAAUGAUUUUAAUUGUACUCCGAUCCCAACUUUCCUUGGUUCAAUGUUCAGUCUCACACAUCUUAACCUCUCAGGCGCGAACUUCAGUGGACUCAUUCCUCAUCAGCUUGGGAACCUUUCAAGCCUUCGCUAUCUGUCUCUUGGAUCUAAUUCUGACCUCUAUGUAGAUAACCUUCGUUGGAUGUCUGGUCUCUUUGCCAUUCAAUACCUUGACCUGAGCUCAGCUGACCUUCACAAAGAAGUUGAUUGGCUUCAAAUAAUGAGUAAGUUCCCAUCACUUUCAAAGCUAUACUUGCAAAAUUGUCAACUUGAUAGCCUGAAUCCAUCUCUUGGAUUUGUCAAUUUCACAUCUCUUCGAUCCCUUGAUCUUUCUGGAAAUCAUUUCAAUCAUGAGAUACCUAAUUGGUUCUCUAAUCUCAGUACAAGCUUCUUAAGGCUUGACCUUUACAACAAUUCUUUGAAAGGCAAUAUACCGCCUAGCAUUUUCAAUUUAGAGAAAUUAGAAUAUCUUGAUCUCGGACUUAAUUCUUUAAAUGGUCCUAUACCUUCUUGCGUUGGGAAUUUAUCUCAUAUAAGAGCAUUAUACCUCGACCAAAAUCAGUUGAAUGGCACCAUUCCAAAGAGUCUUUGGCUUCUCUCUAAGUUAGAGUCGUUGUAUGUCGGAACAAAUUCUUUGACAGGUACCGUAGAUGAAAGGAAUUUCCAAAAACUCUCAAAAUUAAAGAAUCUCUAUAUGUCUGAAACACAUUUGUUCUUUAAUGUCAAUUCCAAUUGGGUCCCCCCCUUCCAACUUUACUAUGCCUCCAUGAGCUCAAUCAAUAUAGGUCCUAAUUUUCCUUCAUGGCUACAAUCACAAAAAUCCCUCAGUAUUUUAGAUAUGUCCAUGUCAGGAAUUUCGGGCAAAGCUCCAGGUUGGUUCUGGAAUUGGGCUUCAAACAUUACAUAUAUCAAUCUUUCUAACAACCACUUAGAAUGUGAUGUAUCAGACAUUUUUUUGAGUUCUACUGUCAAAUUGCUCAAUAUAGCAAACAACUCAUUUUAUGGAUCCAUUUCUACUUUCUUAUGCCAAAAGAAAAUUAGAAAGAAUAAAUUAGUGGUUUUAGAUGCAUCAAACAAUCUCUUAUCUGGAGAACUUUCUCACUGCUGGAAGUAUUGGCAGUCUUUGAUCCAUUUAAACUUAGGGAGCAAUAAUCUAGUAGGUAGAAUUCCCAACUCCAUGGGGGCUUUAGUUAACCUCCAUUCAUUGCGUUUACAAAACAAUAGCAUCUAUGGAGAUAUUCCUUCCUCAUUGAAAAAGUGCUCAAAUCUAAAGCUUAUUGAUAUGGGUGAUAAUCAUUUGUCCAUCAUACCACUAUGGAUUGGAGAAAUGACAAAUAUUAUAGUUCUUCGUCUAAGAUCAAGUGAAUUCAAGGGUUAUAUACCUCAACAAAUAUGCCAACUUUCUUCUCUUAGAGUAUUGGAUCUUGCCAAUAAUAAUUUAUCAGGAUCCAUACCAAACUGCUUGAAAAAUAUCAGCGCCAUGGCAUUACCAGAUUCCUAUGAUAUUUCAUUAUCUUAUUUUAUGGAUUUUAUAUAUCCAUUUACAUCCUAUGUUGAGAAUGUUCAGUUGGUUCCUAAAGGGAACGAAAUGGAAUACAAAGAGAACCUUAUAUUAGUUAAGCUCAUAGACCUUUCAAGUAACAACUUGUCCGGAUCAAUCCCUUCUGAAAUUUCAGAUCUUUCCGAAUUACGUUUUUUGAAUUUGUCUCGAAAUCAUUUGAUGGGAAAGAUACCAGAAAGAAUUGGGAGUAUGAAAGAGUUAGAGUCAGUUGAUCUCUCACGAAAUCAUUUAUCGGGUGAAAUUCCUCCAAGCAUGUCUAAUUUGACAUUUCUUAGUUUCUUGGACUUGUCAUACAAUAACUUCUCAGGUAGAAUUCCUUCAAGCACCCAGCUUCAAUCAUUUGAUGCCCUUAGGUAUAUUGGAAAUCCUCAGUUAUGUGGUGAUCCUCUUCCAAAAAGCUGCACAAUUGAGGAACUAUCUUUGAAUAGAUCACCAGUUGGUAGUGUUGAAGAUGAUUCUAAAAACUCCACCUUCUACAUUGGUAUGGGAGUUGGAUUCACAACUAGCUUUUGGGCAAUUUGUGGAGCUCUCUUCUUUAAUAGGACUUGGAGGCGUGCUUAUUUUAGAUUUGCCGAUGAAGUAAAAGAUUGGAUUUAUGAGACUACAAUGAUAAAGAUGAAUUUAUUGGAAAAGCUAAGAGUCUGCCUUAGUAAGUGAAGCAUCGUUAUCUAGCCAAAAGGGAUGUUGAUGUGGCAAAAUCAGAGGAGUUCAAUGAAAUGGGUUGUAAAGCCUCUCUUGCUGAUCAAUAGAAGUAAGUCUGAGAAAACAUUCAUGCUUAGAUUAAAAGUUUCUCCACGUGUAUAGAUGAAAUUCUUUUGCCUUAUACUAAAAGGAUACGUGAGGCACAAGAACUGCCUCCACAACCAAGAGCUACUCCUUGUCAGUGUGGCCUUGAUUUUGCUGUUGGCAUGGAUGGCCAACCUACUAACCGUCCUGGUAAGAUUCUUUUUGUAAUAAAAAACCCUUUUCCAAUGUUGCAUUAUUGAGCUUGAAGUUGUGUGAGUGCAGCUUGAGAUGUUCAGGAUCUUUGAAUUUUCUUUGAUUCAAAGGAAUAAGAUCUGCUUGUAUUGAUUCUAUUAUUUACUCACACUUGAAGUGGGGGGAUUAUCUUGAUUCAAAGGAAUGAUCUUUUGAUUUGUCAUUGAUUACCCUAACUUCUUUAAUUAUUUCCUUAAGCAAAUUUAGUUAUUUAAAGUUAUUCAAGUAAAGUUGAAGUCAACAUCCAAUCACUUUUGAACUGAAGUGUCAACAAAAUAAAUCUACAUUUGGGCAGCAAAGUGGAGGGAAAGAUGCCUUGGGGAUACUUAAAUUGAUUUGAUGGAAAGGCAUCUUCAAAGAGUAUUUAAUUACUGUUUCCUGGAUACCUAUUGGGAGUUUGUUAUCUCUAGCUUCUACAAGGUCUUUCUUGAAAUCAUGUUUUUGUGUUUGUGAUGCGAUUUGUUCUAUAAUUUUUAACCUUUU